AUGUCUUGGAAGCUCGCUGAAUUACGAUGGCGUCAUGAUGUCGGCUUGCAAGAAUCUGGUUGGGAGCGCCACAAUGGCAAAUCGCUCGAAUCUCUCGACUCGCAGGCGGCCGAGGCUAUAUCAAAGAGACCUGAACGCCAACGCUCGCAUACCACCCCAUGGAGCCAGCUGGGCGGCGAAGGUCUUCAGAAAGCAUGUGAUGGUCAAUUGUCGCUAUCAUUGUCGCCCGAGCCGACCGAGAGGGUACAGUCAUAUCCGGAAACACUAGGCCUUUGCCGAGAUCCUCCUGUCACGUCCAGAACUCCGCUACUGACUCCUCCCCAGCUGCUUCUAUCGACCGUCGUUUCGGCAGAAAGGAUGUGUGACGAGAGUUGCCACCCUCGGUCCGGCUCCAGUCCAGAAGCUCCUAGGCAUUCGCUUUGCCAAACAAAAAUCGAAGAAUAUCCUCCUCAGAUCGAUAAAUUUCAGGGUGAUUCCUGUCCACCAAGAGGCCCAACUGCUGAAAGCAGGUCAACUUCGGGCAUGGGUGACGGUGGAGGAAGAACAUCCUCACACUCCAGUGAUGUUUACCCAGAAACGCGUGCUGCUGACCAUUCACUCAAUUCGUCACACCAACGCGGUUCGGCCGACACCUCAUCCAUCAUCGUCAAUGACCACGAGACUCUACUGCCACAGGUCCAAAAUUUGGAGUCGUACAUAUUCGACAAUCACCGUCUUGAUAUUUCCAAGAUCUCUGCAUCACGAAGCUUCGGUCUUCACCUCGACAUCUCUCCCUCUGAGAACGAGCAAGGCCCUACUGUGACCUCAAGCGUCGAUUCCAGCGAAUAUACCUCGUUUCCAGCAUGUUUCCGCCGGCCAUCUAGUGAGUCGAGGCACCACUCCGACUCUUGCUUACUGGAAAAGUACAUAUGUGAAGAUUCAGAAAUUUCGUCGAGCUGCCAUUCUCAAACAAUGCGCACCUUGUACCCAGACCUGCGUUCCGCACAUGCUCAGAUUCAAGGACACAGGGUAGCAAGUCAAAGCCAGACCACAUCGAGUGCACUCGAACCUCGCUUCCCAUUCAGUCGAUCAAACUCCUCCUCAGAUGACGAUGAUGAUUUCACAAAAGUGUGGCCGUUUCCUGAUGCUAACAUACCUUUACGUGACCUGACAUGUCACCGCGUCAAAUCCGCGCUCGGUGUUCUUCAUGUGGGUGAUCAGGACCACCUGGAAUCAAGCGCCAUACUCGAAACUGUGGCAGAUAAUACCACCCGUAAGCUUCAUGGUCGCCUCUCCUAUACUGUUGAUGACAUUAUUUCCCAUUAUGUCGAUCCUGCCACAGGGUUUUUGAAGCGUUGUGGCUCAGGCACGAACGAGUUUUACCCGACUACCCUAGGUCUUUCGAGACCAGCUCAGGCCGAGCAAGGAAAUGCAAAGACUGUUGAAAUAACCCGCACAACCAUGGGUGAGUUGGUGGACGAUCCUGUAUCUGGCCCUCCUGACGGAGAAAACCCAGGAUCCGUCUUGAAUCUUUCUGCACGACUGGAGGCGCAGGAAGUGGACGACUAUGAGUGGGAGACGUUGCCUGAAAGUAGUAGGAGUGGGUUUUUGAACCCUUCUGGAAUACGAUUCCGCCUGGCGAAAAAGGAUACUGGAGAUGCUGCUCGGACGAGUACAAUAAGCAGAAAGAGCCCUGCGACACCAUGGGAUCCUUUGCCAAACAAGCAUCGACAACUGAGAGGUCACCCUGGUUUGAACCGUAAAAGGCUUUUCCGAACUGAUCAGUCUCAUAUAUUUUCAGACCAGUCAGGUGGUGCUAAUCGGGGUGCAUCUGCUGGACACACCGGUAUACGAAAAGUUCGGAGAAAGAGCCGUCCUGAGCCUGCAGAGAGCAGCAUGAGGAGACUUCAACCGCUCCAGGUCUUGAAUCUGGCGCCUACUCCCAACGACAGUCUUGCAAGUUCACAAGUAACCGUACAAGCUUCAUCGGAAGACUUCACUCCUCUUCCCAGUGCGCCGAAUUUUUCUCCCCCUCGAUCAGCUCUUCUAUACUCGAAAGCCAUCGACCGGGCUCUCCCGUCCAGCUCUUUGUUGCCGAAACAUUCAAAAGGGCACUCUUGGUCAACUAUACCACUUUCUAGCGGCAUGAAUAUUUCUACCAAUGGUGGACCGGUGCCACAUGGGGAUAGAAUUGUCUCAGACACCAUUUCUUGUACUGCCGGUUUAAAUCACAGGUCGACCAGCCGAAAAUCCUCGCGGUUGAUCGUCUCAGAACGAGAUCGACCGACUAUCAGCGGACUAAUUGAUCUGAUUGCGGAUGCUAUCGAUACAAACGAGGCAAGUGAGGGCUCGGGUCGGCCGAUUGGUCAUGUUAAGAUAGAAACACUUGAACAACACGUUCACUCCAGCUUCGAUGGCAAUGCUCCCCCGCACGACUCGUUUGUUCGAGAUAUUGACUGUGUGAAUGAUGUGGAUGCUUCCCAUUUCAUCAGAGACAGCCAGCGACUUCGCAGCAGCCACUUUCCAAAAGGCAAUAACGCGAACUCCGGUCUCAAGCGCCCGGAGAUCAGAAAAGCGGGCAGUAGCCUUGCGGAUUGUUCUUCUGGUACUCUUCAACCGUUGCAUAGCGAUAAAAGAAAUUGUCAUGCCUUCCUUGGCUCUCCACCCAACGCCGAAGACACCUUGCGAUCCACGAACUUGUCUAACGCAACCAAGAACACUUACGCUUCAUCCUCACUCGCCAACUAUACCUUUUCGUCUCGAUUUACCGAUAUCAUCCCUUCGAGCUCGGAGUCGUCCGCUGAACUCAAGGCCCAUGGCCCAUUUCGAGAUGUCUUAAUAGAUAUGGAGCACUGUCCGACCUUUCCAUUGACGCCUGCUCAACUGUCAAUAACAAGGCUAAACGGCGUCAACAGGAUUCCAUUCGAGCGAAUACAACUCAUCGAGCGCGGCGUGUGGCUAGAGAAGGCUUGGUGCUUUGUCCACGGACGCGCAGAAUUUAGUCAUACAUUGGCUAUCAAGAAGAUGGCGCCCAUCGUGUCUUUGGACGCCGUUGAGGCUCAACGAGACGCUGGUCGGUUUCUUUUGCUGACUCUGGUGGUUACAUAUAUGGUGGGAGGUUUUGUUCUGGCCCACGACAUGGGUAAAGAGGGCAGCUUGUCUAGUUCGACCAUGGCUGUACUGACCGGUGGUGUUGUGUCUCGUAUACACUCGAGAGACGUUCGAUGGGCUCAAGCUAUCGAGAAAGCAGGUCUGUUUGUUGUGUUCUGCGUGAUGGUUGGUUGUGUGGGUGUUUUGGUUUGGGCUUUCACAUGA